AUGGAUGGGGCUUGGACAAAUUACAAUUUGAAAGAAAUCAAAUCGCAUUUUGGGUUCAAGAAGUAUGCCAUAUCGUGCUUGAUAGUAUUGUAUGGACUAGUCAGGGUUUUCACGUGGAUCUUUCGUCAAUGGGUGUACUCCAACCUGAAUCCGUUCUCCAAGAAAUCCUCACUGCUGAAAAGAGCUACUGCUACCUGUGGCGAAAAGAACGUCAAGUUUUUUGGGUUCUUCCAUCCGUAUUGUAAUGCUGGUGGUGGUGGAGAGAAAGUUUUGUGGAAAGCCGUGGAUAUUACUCUGAGGAAAGAUGCCAGGAACAUCAUUGUAAUUUAUUCUGGUGACUUUGUGAACGGAGAGAAUGUUACUCCAGAAAAUAUCCUGAAUGAUGUGAAAGUGAAAUUUGACUAUGAUUUGGAUUCCGAUAGGAUAUUCUUCAUUUCGUUGAGAUUAAGAUACCUAGUGGAUUCUUCGACAUGGAAGCGCUUUACUUUGAUUGGACAAGCUAUUGGGUCAAUGAUUCUGGCAUUCGAAUCCAUUAUUAAAUGUCCACCUGAUAUAUGGAUCGACUCAAUGGGGUACCCUUUCAGUUAUCCCAUUGUAGCUAGGUUUUUGAGGAGAAUUCCCAUCGUUACAUACACUCACUAUCCGAUAAUGUCACAGGAUAUGUUAAAUAAGCUAUUCAAAAUGCCCAAGAAGGGUAUCAAAGUCUAUGGUAAGAUAUUAUACUGGAAACUCUUCAUGUUAAUUUAUCAAUCUAUUGGUUCCAAAAUUGAUAUUGUAAUUACCAACUCAACAUGGACGAACAACCAUAUAAGACAGAUUUGGUCAUCCAAUACGUGCAGAAUCAUAUAUCCUCCAUGUUCUACUGAAAAACUGGUCGAUUGGAAGCAAAAAUUUGGCGGAGCUAAGAGUGAAAGGUUGAAUCAAGCAGUGGUGUUGGCACAAUUCCGUCCUGAAAAGCGCCAUAAACUAAUUAUUGAGUCGUACGCAAACUUCCUGAAGAGACUACCGGAUUCCAUACCGCCAUUUAAGCUAAUAAUGGUGGGGUCUACCAGAUCCAAGGAAGACGAAGAUUAUGUCAAAAGUUUACAAGAUUGGUCUGAUAACUACCUAAAGAUCCCUAAAAACUUACUAUCGUUCGAAAAAAACUUAUCCUUUGAUAAGGUUGAGAUCUUGCUAAACAAAUCUAAGUUUGGCAUCAAUGCCAUGUGGAACGAGCACUUUGGAAUUGCAAUCGUAGAGUAUAUGGCUUCUGGUUUAAUCCCCAUAGUUCAUGCUUCGGCUGGUCCAUUAUUAGAUAUAGUCAUUCCAUGGAGCUCCAACGGAAAUGUUACAAAGGUCGAGCCGCAAUGGAAACUACAAAAGGAAUAUUUUGUCAGCUUCAAAGAUGACAAUGAAACGACGGGUUUUUUCUUUAAAGAGGAAAGCGAUCCUGAUUAUAACCCAGAUAAGGAUCCUCUAAGAUACCCCAAUUUGUCUAAACUCUUUUCACAGAUGAUGAAAUUGGACGAUGACUGCCUAAGAGUGAUGAGCGCAAGAAAUCAACAGUAUUCAUUAUAUAAAUUUUCCGAUUUGAAAUUUGACAAAGAUUGGGAGGAUUUCGUACUGAAUCCAAUUGGUAAAUUGGUAGAAGAAGAAGAAAGAGGUUGA